AAAAGCGUGCAGCCCUAGCGGUGGUGGUGGUGUUAUGUGGGCUCCCUGGAAAAGUCUGCGGACUGGAGAGAGAGGAAGAGAGAGGAGGAAGAGCGAGAGAGAGGGAGAGGGAGAGGGGGGACAAACAAGCCCGGCAGCUACAGAGGACAGAUCAUGGCGGCACCUCUCGGACGGGACACUCUACCUGACCACUGGUCGUACGGAGUUUGCAGAGAUGGCCGCGUCUUCUUUAUUAAUGAUCAGACUCAAAGCACCACUUGGCUCCAUCCGCGCACGGGGGAACCGGUUAACUCUGGACACAUGAUACGGUCAGAUUUGCCAAGAGGAUGGGAAGAGGGUUUCACGGACGAAGGAGCCAGCUACUUCAUCAACCACAACCAGAGGAGUACGUCGUUUCGGCAUCCUGUGACGGGACAGAUCUCCCCUGAAAACACAGAAUACACGCUACAAGACAGAAUAGAGGCACGCAUGUCCAAGUCAGCAGCCAACCACAGAUCCCCCAGCAUGGUCACAGAGCCCUGCAAGGCAGUGACCUCGGCGGCUGCGGAUGCCGCCUCACAGUCGAAGAGCGCCAGAGGUUCAGGAAAAGUGCACAGUUUUGGGAAGAGGGAUCAUUCUAUUAAAAGAAACCUCAACAUCCCAGUGGUGGUGAGAGGCUGGCUCUAUAAACAGGACAGCUCUGGAAUGCGACUGUGGAAGAGGAAGUGGUUUGUUUUGUCCGACUACUGCUUAUUUUACUACAAAGACAGUCGAGAGGAGACGGUGCUCGGGAGCAUCCCUCUGCCCAGUUACGUCAUCGCACCGGUCGAGGCUGACGACCACAUAAACCGCAAAUAUGCUUUCAAGGCGACCCAUACAGGAAUGCGCUCCUACAUUUACAAUAAGAACUCUGUGAUUGGCUCACAGGCGGAGCACUGCGGGAUGCGGACAUAUUUCUUCAGUGCGGACACACAGGAGGACAUGAAUGGCUGGAUCCGGGCCAUGAACCAGGCUGCGCUGAUGCAGCAGAGUCACACUAUAAAGAGAGAGGUGGAGAGACCAGAGAAGGCUGGACAGCAGGCAGUCCCUCAGACCAACCACGUCCACAUCAACCAGAACUCAUCUCAGUCAGAACGCCUGCACAGGACAGACAGGAAGGAGUCCUGUGAGAAUGGCAUCAGGCUGAUUCAUGGAGAUGAAGCGAGGUAUGGAUUAGAGAUUCAAGGGAGGCCCAGUCAGGCGGCGACAGAGGAGCGAGUGGAGGGACUCUCUCCAGACUCGGUUAACGGCGCCGCACACGGACAGCAAACUGUUCUCCAAUUGACGCUGCCACCGGAACAAAACGGAAAUCUAGUCUAUCAGCGGGGCUUUGUUUCACAGACGGGCCCCGAGAAGCACAGGAAGAGUGCACUCGCUCACGUGGAGCAGUGGGUCAAAGUCCAAAAAGGGGAUCCUCCAAAGAGUUGUCCCUCAGCUGAAUACAACCUCCCCCGACGAACGCCCCCCUUAAAGCCCAAAGGCAGCACAGUGGAUUCUACCUAUCAGUCAUUGCCAAAGUCUCCCCGUCUCCCGUCGGGCGGCAACUCUCCCCCAGGGACAUGCAACCUGCCCAGCGACUACAAGUACGCUCACGACCGGCUCAGCCACUUCCGCAUGUCCACCGACGAGCGAAUGGCCGCCAAGGAGGGAAUGGUGUGGCAGCUGUACGAGUGGCAGCAGCGGCAGCAGUUCCGCCACGGCAGCCCCACCGCUCCCGUCUACACGGGGCCCAACUUCACAGACUCGGCGUCCUUUCGAGUGACGGUGGAGAUGCCCCGCUCCAUAUCCGUGCCCCCGUCGCCGUGCGAAGUCCCACCGUCUGUCCCCUCGUCGUUCAAGCCCCUGUCCCCUCGCAGGCCCCACACGCCCUCAGACAGACGCACGGUCAGGCCUCUGGAUGAAGUGGCGUCGGGGGACAACACAAGAUCCAGCUCCCCCGGUCAUAUCUGUGCCCAGCUCUCUCAGACGUCACAGUUGGAGAGAAGAUCCAUGCCGCCCAUGGGCUACAUCACGCACACUGUCAGCGCUCCGAGCUUACAUGGGAAAACGCCAGAGGAGCUGACUCUGCUCCUCAUUCAGCUCCGGAGGCAUCAGGCCAAGAUGGCUGGUGUGCAUAGCCCCAGCUAUGCGUUCGCUCACCUCCAGCACCACCAGCACAACGGCCUUCUGGGUCCCAGCAUGCAGGCUGAUGAUACUUACGUACAACUGAAGAAGGACCUGGAGUAUCUAGAUCUGAAGGUGGGCCCCAACAGAGUUACUGGACGAGAGAGUUUAAAAAAAGAAAGAGCUUCCAGGCCUGUGAAAAUAGCAGAAAGUGAUGCUGAUGUGAAAUUAAGUCGACUGUGUGAACAAGACAAGAUUCUCCAGGAGUUAGAGGCCAAGAUACGCACUUUGAAGGAAGACAAGGACAAGUUAGAGUCUGUGCUGGAUGUUUCCCACCAGCAGAUGGAGCAGUACAGAGACCACCCGGCUCAUGCUGAGAAGAUCGCCUAUCAGCAGAAACUACUACAAGAGGAUGUGGUGCACAUCAGGGCUGAGAUCUCCCAAGUGUCCACGGAGAUGGAGAACGCGUGGAACGAGUACAGCCGGCUGGAGGGAGACGUGGACUGGCUGAAGUCGGCCCUGCAGGGACACAUGAACCGCAGUGAUCUGUCUCAGCAAGAGAAAGUGCAGCUCAGGAAGGAGCUGUGGAGGAUCGAGGAUGUUAUCGCGGGUCUCAGCUCCAGCAAAGCCAACUACAAAGUCACUAUCUCCUCUGUUACCAACCCAGAGAGGAAAUUUGUGCCUUCAGUGUCGGCAUCAUCAGUGCCUUCUGUGUCUGGGAGCUCGUCUGCCAUGGAGAUGAGACUGUCCCAGCAGCAGCACAGCCCCCACCUCAGCCCGAGUAGCCACACCCCCACCCUGUGCUCCAGCCCCAGUCAGCAGCUGUUCCACCACUCUGCCACCAUCACCAGUGGGUUUAAAUGGUGUGAGGAAGAUGUGCCUCCCCGACCUCCUCUACCUCAGCUCUACAGUCCCGAUGAACAUCCCCCUGCUGUGCCCCCGUUGCCCCGGGAGACGACGGUCAUCAGACACACUUCAGUGCGCGGCCUCAAGCGACAGUCGGACGAGCGCAAGAGAGACAGAGAGAUCGGCCAAUACACUAACGGAGACAGUAAGGUGGAACUCAGGCCGUUCCUGAGCGACCCUGAGCUCAUGGGGGCUGGAGACGGAGCCAGCCACAUCACGGUCAUAGCGUCUGGACACGACGGCGGUUACCAGACGCUACCGAGCAGAGGAGUAGCUGGCUCCUCCCUCAGACUAAAUCAGUCCUCAAGCAUCUCCUCAUAUGUGACCCUCAGAAGAGCAGUCUCAGCUGCCGGCAUGAAGGAGAGACCAAGAAGUGCCUUUGAGCAGCUGUACUCUGGGGAUCCGGCGCAGCAACAGCAGCAGCAGCAACAGCAACAGCAGUAUCAGCAGCAGCAGCAGCAGCAGAGGGGGAAGAUGAGUGCUGAUGAGCAGCUGGAGAGGAUGAAGAGGCACCAGAAGGCCCUCGUCCGCCUGCGCAAACGCACACUGAGUCACGGAGACCGGCACAGCCCUUCAACGCCGCGCACCUCGUCCUCGCCGCGCCCACUCUCAGCAGACUUGGGAUCAUGGAAGAGAGAGCAGGAGUUUGACCUGCAGUUGCUCGAGAGGGCUGUUCAGGGGGAGGAGGCACAGGGAGUUAGGAGUGUCCAGGGGGAGGAAAGACCUCCCGAGCACCAAGAGAGACCGCGCUCACACUCCGACGAAUGGCUGACCUAUCGCUCCGCGGCCACAACGCCUCCCGCCGAUGAAGUCGACCUGGAGCCGCUAGAAUACGACGUGGACCUCAACAAGGAGCUGUCCAAGCCUCAGAAAGUCCUGAUCCCAGAGCGCUACGUGGAUUCAGAGUCUGAGGAGCCGCUUAGUCCGCAGGAGGUGGAGGAGCGUCAUCGCAAAGUGGAACGCAUUAAGAACAUCUUGGCAAAGUCCAGUGUGCAAAACCUGGCAGUGAGCGUCUCUGUGGACAAACCGGAGGUGGGUCUGGUGGCCCUGGACUCCGCCCUUCAGGAGCAGGAGAGGAUCAUCACCAUGUCCUACGCUCUGGCCUCGGAGGCGUCGCUCAAGAGCAAACUCGUCGCCGGUUGGUGGUUCAAAUCCUUUCAUUCACUUUUCUUCAUUUGAGGCUUACGGUCGUGGUGGAUUUUUAUUUUUUUUUGCUUAAUAAAAAGGAGCACUUAAAAAAAGAGCGUACCAUGCUGACAGUUUCAGUUCAAUUUCUCCCAGCAUCAAAUUGACAUCUUUUGGUUGAGGAAGGGGAAGCAGUCUUUCAAGAACGCUGGAUUGAUGAAGUGCAGAUGAGGAGGGCGUGAGGUGCAGAGUCAGCCAGUAAAGGCCGUUCAUUUCCUAAUAACUGAACAUUAUUCCUUGUUAGCAGCGCAGAUAGUUUCUAAUUGCGAUCUGUGUAGAAUCUUUCAGGCGGGGGAGGAAUCGCUUGAUGAGUCCAUUUUGUGCGCUGAUCAAUGACCCAGUCAAAGUCGACUCUCCUCCUGCAUACCAUCGCUGCCGCUUUGAACCUGCAUAAAAGACACUGCACUCACUUUUCAUCUCUUUCAUACUCCACAGGCAGGCGGGCGAGUUCAUUUUCACUGGAGCUGCAGCAGAUUGUCAGCCUCACACACACACAGUGUAUCUGUCACACGCAGUAACACUCCAGCUGUCAGCAUGUGUGGAAGCUUAAUAUGCACAGUGAGGCAAAGUCAACAAUUAUAACAUUAUUUCCAGCAUAGAGAAAUGUCAGAGAGUAUAACUGGUGGCAUCUUGUCAGCAGAGACUGAAUCAAUGACUUUCUCUCCCUUUGGUGUUAAAGUGAGCUUCAGUGGUGACACUUUCAAAUCCCUGAAUUAAAAGAAGAGGCUUUUUUAUCACUGUAUUAUACAUCCGGGAUAAAAGAAGGAAUAUUCCACGGCACAACAAUUAAAUAGUAUAUGUUAAAUAAGGUUAAAUAAUGUUGCGUUUUCUAAUCAGUCGCCGGUUUGUUUGUUUUUUUAGCUGAAACAUUCAGAUGAUUAAGAAAACAAAGCACGUUUAAAUCACAAUUAGUCUGAAACUGCCUGACGCUGGAGGAGAAACGAACUCCGCGGAUCAAAUGUGUGUAAAUUAUUCACUUGUUUGGGAUUGAGGUUCACAACAAUGUUCCUGAGAAGACGCGUCAAUACGCUGUUAAAGAAACCGUUUGAGACGUUGUUUUAUUCAUCGCUCUUCACCUUCCUGAGUCGGGGCGGGGCAUCUUUAUCGACUAGGAAUGAAGAAAAGGGUAUGAAAUAGAAAUA